AUGGGGACCCAUGAUGGGUCAUCUGACGUACUCAACCCUGACCUGUCACAGUUUGGUGUAUCUGGGAAUCUUGUUGGAAAUUCGGAGGUAGGUCAGUUCAGCUUGGGCAGCAACGAGAAGGGUUGGAAUAAGGUUACCUCGAAGAAGAAGAAGAAGGUGGAGCCAAAAACUGACCGAACCAAGUGGACAGACAAGGAAGAUGAGUUGUUUGUGUCGGCUUGGCUAAAUGUGAGCCAGGAUCCGGUUGUUGGGACUGAUCAGUCGAAAGAGACCUAUUGGGGACGAAUCACCAAGUACUUCAACACAUAUAGGAAGCCAAGCAUGAUGACAAGGUCUGACAAGGCUCUGAUCAACCACAUGAAGCUCAUCACUGAUGCGGUUACCAAAUUCACUGUUCAUUAUAGGAAGGUAGAGCAGCUGAAUCCUAGCGGUACCAACGAGCGUGACAAGAUGGCUCGAGCAUGCACGGCAUAUAAGGCAAUUGAGGGCAAACUGUUUGCCUACACUUACUGUUGGGUGAUGCUUGCCGACCACCCUAAAUGGCAUGCACACGAAUCGGCUAAGGCACAGAAGCUCCAGGAUGUUAUGGAUGCACAAUGCAGCCAAGCUACUUGCAACAAUGUGCUGAAUGAUGCGGCGUCGAACGCGUCCACAGAGCUUCCCCGACCUAUUGGCCGUGACCAAGCCAAAGCGGCCCGUGCGCACAAGUCACCGUCCACCUCCUCACUGCCAACCGUUUCAAGAGGUAUGUAUGAACGUCACCUUGCUAACCUCACUGAAACAAAGAAGGUUAUGGUGGAGUUGAAGAAGGAACAGAUCGAGGUGAUGCGGCUGCAAGCGUCGGUCCGAGUGAAUGAUCAAGACGAACGGAUUAUGAAGGUGGACUUGGACACUGUUAGCGGGCCUCUACAUGAGUACUACAGGAAGAGACAAGAAGACAUUUUGGCACGGUGGAAGCUCGUAGAGGAUAAGCUGUAG